UAUUGAUUGCAACUCAACUUUGAACUUCAUAUUCUAGAUUAGUGGAUUCUCCUCUCUUUUCCAUCCAAGAGAUCCACAAGAUCUUUAAAUUUUCAAUUUAACCAUUAGAACUCAUUUUAGUGAUGAAUCCAAGCUUGAUUUGCUAAUAUGGGGUAUUCUCCUUAUCAUCACGAAAACAUGUGGCUUGCUCUUCAAUCAAGUGCGCUUGCACUGCAAGGCUGGACAUCUUUUAUUGUGCACGAUGAGGUGUCCAUGUCAAGAAAAGUGCAAAAGAAUGAACAAAAACAAAAAUGUUGGGGGCAACUCCAGAGAGGAGUGACUUCUAGCAAAUGGUUUCAUCUAUCAGAAACAAUGGUGAGAGAAGCAACAAGCACCUGGAAAUGGAAGGAUGAUUUAGGUUUCAACCUUGAUGCCCAUAAUAUGGGAUAUAGUACAAAACACAAGUCGGAUAUGGCAUCGCAAUGCCCAGAUGGUGGCAAAAUCGACCACAUGGUGUUAUUUGGCUACAUAGCCAUUGUCAAUAGUUAGGAAGCUGGCAUUUCGUCAUCACUCGAACGAAACAGAUGAAUGGUUAAGAAACCUUGAUUUUCUUCCCAAUACCAAGGAGAGGCAGUACAACUAUUCAAUAUUUGAAUGCUUUACCGACGAGAUUCUAACGCAUAAGGACAUAGAUGAUGGAAUUGAAGUCUGGAUGCAAUAAUCAAACAAACCUUUUUGAAACUAGGUAUUAUGAAUGUUAGAAUAUUUUGUUGAGUAUAUAUGGGAAGGGAAAAGCUUCAUUUAUAAGGGCUUGUUAAAUCUUGUUGGGGGUUGUUGUAUAUCCUAUAUAUACUCAUUCAAUUGGAUUGAUAAAAGUCAUUACUCAA